UUUUACAGUUAUGCUGAUGCCAGUGGAGCUGGGAAAGAUGUGUACGAAUUUGUCAAAGCAGUGGGGAGGUUUAAGGAAACAAAGAGAACUGAUGGGAUUUCGACAUCGGACAUUAUAAUGAGGAUUGUAAAAGAUUAUAAUCAGUAUGUGUUGCGUAACUUGGAUCGUGGAUAUACAAGAAAAGAGCUUGGUGUUAGUUUUGUGAAGGAAAAGAGGUUAAGGGUGAACAUGAGAUUGAAGAAAUUACAAGAGAAAGUGAAGGAACAUCAAGAAAAAGUGGGAGAGAAGGUAUGUCUUUUUAAUAAUGACAGUAUUGUUAUGCUGUAAUCACAACCAGCAUAGUGAAUUAUGUUAGGCACAAAUACCUUUGUUUAGUAUCUUUGAGUUGCCAUAAUCACAACCAGCAUAGUGAAUAAUAAUGAAUUUCGUUGCUGGCUUCCUCGUAUCAUGUUGGCUUUGGUUUACACCCAAAGACCCAGGGGUCUUAGGUUUCAAACUGGCAUCGAAGGGGGGAAAUCUUGGGAUUAUUAACAAUAUUAUAAGCUAUAUCAACAUAGUGAACUAGAAAACUCAUCCGCUUGUCAAUUAAUUCUUGGUGUAAUACUCACUCGUAAAUGAUUGGUGUCAGAAUUUUUCACUGAUUAGGUGUGAUCGUUUCAUUUUAUUUAAUUUUUAAUUCUGAACUCAGUGCCAAAAAUGCAUCUUCCUUAACGAGCUGAAAACUCCUUUUAUACUAAAGUCCAUGUCUAGUUCUGGACUCUUCUUGGUAGUGUCAUGUAGUCAACGCACUAUGGACUCGUUUGUUACAAGGGAUUUGCUUGGACUGGAUUGGCCAAACUUUAAUCCCAUGUUUGUUUCCCAUGGUUCUAAUCUUAAAUGGGAUUAACUAAUACUAGGCCCACCAAAAACACCUCCUUAGGUGUUCUUACAGAAGCCUGUGUGGAAAGGGCGGACAAAUUGUCCCAAGCCCUUCGCUAGCGACAUUGCAUCGCAGUGCCCCUCUCCCUCAACAAGCAACAUCGCCUGCAACCAACCACAACCAACAACCAAGAGCCAGCAGACCCACCCACCACCACUGCUUUCUCUCUCCUCCAGCCGCAACAUAGAUUCACCAUAUCCACCAUGGCCACUGCAUCAUCGUCCCCAGCCAUAACCAGUUCGAAAUUCAAAUAAAAAAAACACCACACAAACCCACUGCAUCAACUUCCCAAUCACCCCCCACCCCAGCAACAUUGAUGUUCCCCUCUCC